GUUGCUGACAGUUGAAUACCAGCUGGGUGCGAGCAGCUGUUCUCAUUUUGACAUUUCAUAUCGCGUGUUUUUUUUAUUUCUUUUGUAUAGACUGUUUAAAAACUUUAAAAUACAAUAUUAUUUAAUCACUGUAUUCCGGCAAAUGGCUACUCGUGGUGCAAUUCUAUUGGGGCAGUGCAUGCCUUGCAUAAAGAAAAAUGCUUCCAAAAUACGCAUACGACGCAUGGAAUUGGAUACCAAUCUGAAUAUGUACUUCAAGAAGGAUGAAUUUUUGUUUGCUUAUGAUCCUGAAAAAGUGUGCAAAACAGGCGAUGUUGUGCUGAUACGCGAGCUGUCACAACGUUUGACCCGGUUGAUUUCGCAUAAAGUAGAAAAAGUGGUUUAUCCAUUGGGUGACAUAACAGAUCCAGUAAGUGGCAAAAAAGUUGUUGUGGGUAAAUAUCGCGAACAAAUUGAGGAGGCAAACCGCUUAUAUGGCAAAUCGGAGAAAGCCUUCGACUAUGAGAAAGCGCCGCCGCGCGGCCGACUUGAGGGCACAAGAGACUUUACGCAUGGCGAAACGUACAUUAAAUACCAUGAGGAUGGCAAGGAUCAGCCUUUUGCCGUUUAGAGAUAAAAUGUGUUUUAAGAUAAAAAAUAUAUCAAUACAUAAUAUUACAAUUCUAUUGCAAUAUUGCACCAAAAACUAUUCUGUCAUGGACAAAAUUAAAUAUAAUACAUAUAUAAGUUAAUAU